GCCGGCAAACAGUUCGUUUUGUGUGUUGCGGGAGUCUAAAAGUGUUUGAGUAAACACGGGUAAAUUUCAUUCACAAUCAGUCGGUUGAUGUUCGUAAAUCAUUUAAUCGUUUUUCAUAUAGCGGUGCAUACAAUUUGUGAUAUCUAAAAAUAUACGUAUUUAGUCAUUCGCAUUUCGAAAUGUCGUACGCCGUCCUCUCCUUUGCUCUGGUCGUCGUGGCUUUGUUGCUGCUGUACUUGCACAACCAUUAUAGCUAUUGGGCGCGCCGUGGUAUUCCCCAGGAGGACCCUAUAUAUGGACUCGGCAACAUGAAGGGUAUCGGGCGUGAGUUUCACUUUCGGGAUAUAAACUCGAGACUUUAUAAACGCUACAAGCGCGAUGGCGCACCAAUUGGCGGAAUAUAUAUGUUCUUUUUGCGCGGGGCGUUCGUUGUGGAUCUGGAUUUGAUCAAGCAUAUACUCAUCAAGGAUUUCUCGAGUUUUCACGAUCGCGGCAUAUUCAAUAAUGUACGUGAUGAACCGCUCACGGGGCAUUUGCUCACACUUGAGGGUGAAGAGUGGCGUUGCAUGCGUAAUAAGUUGACACCCGUUUUUACCUCGGGAAAAAUGAAAUUCAUGUACCCCACAGUGGUGGCGGUGGCGGAGAAUCUCAGCCGUACCUGUGGUCAGUUGGCGCCAGAAUUCGAAGUGAAAGAACUCAGCGCACGUUACACCACCGACGUGAUCGGCACAUGUGCCUUUGGUAUAGAUUGCAACAGCCUGUCGGAUCCAAACGCCGAUUUUCGCAGAUAUGGUCGAUCUAUUUUCGAGAAGCCACGUCACUCGCAACUCGUACAGGCGCUAAUAUUAUUCAAUCCGAAGCUCGCGCGCAAACUGCGCUGCAAGUUGUUCAAUGACGAAGUGAGUGAGUUCUUCAUUGACGCUGUGCGUAACACCGUCGAGUAUCGAAUUAAGAACAAGGUGAAGCGAAAUGACUUCAUGGAUAUGCUGAUCGAUAUGAUGGCCGAGGAUCAAGAAGCGGCGGCAAAGCAUGAAGGCAUAGAUGUAUCGCAGGGCUUGACUCUGCUGCAGAUGGCAGCGCAGGCUUUUGUCUUCUUUAUCGCCGGUUUCCACACCUCAUCGACUACAAUGUCUUUCUGCCUCUACGAACUGGCCAUAAAUCCUAAGAUACAAGAUCAACUACGUGAAGAAAUUGUAUCAGUAUUGAAUGCUCACAACAACAAUGUCACAUACGAAGCUUUAAAGGAGAUGUCAUAUUUGGAUAAAGUUUUGAACGAAACUCUACGCAAAUACACCGUACUGCCUCAUCUUGUGCGCACAGCUACCAGCGAUUAUCGCGUUCCCAAUUCGUCACUGGUCUUGGAGAAGGGCACCACUGUAGUAAUUCCUGUGGAUGCUAUACACCACGAUCCCGAAAUCUUCCCUGACCCAGAUCGAUUCGACCCCUCACGCUUCGAUACAGAACACGCAGAGAAGCGUCAUGGCUGCGCCUUCUUUCCCUUCGGCGACGGACCACGCAACUGCAUCGGCCUGCGUUUCGGCAAAAUGCAAGCGAAGGUGGGACUCAUACACUUGCUACGCGAUUACAAGUUCAGCCGUUCCGCACGCACCGAAGUUCCCAUUGUGCUGAGCAAGCGCAAUUUCGUCAUAGAAGCCCAGAAUGGCAUCUACUUACGCGUGGAACGCGUUUAGGUGCCAAUAGGCAGCUAUAUUGUGUCGGCAAUUUUUCAGAAAUAUAUAAUUUUUGUUGGAAGGUUUAUAAAAAUCAGUUGAAUAUUUUUAAUGAUAUUGCUUUGCAAAGAGAACAAAUAACUAGUUUUUAAUAUUGGUAGCAUUUAUUUUGUGGUUGAUAAAAUUUAUAAGCGAAUAUGGCGAAGGUAAUAAAAACAAUGAAUGUAUGCAUAUAUUAACAAAUAUAAUUGUCUAAUUAUACAUUAUCAUUUUCA